UUUGCCACGUCUCUCUGUGGCAGCGGCAGGUCUGAAGUGAGGUAACAAGGCAUGGGUGCGUUCUGUUCAAAAUACUCCAAAAUAAAUAAAUAGGGGAACUCUUUUCAAAGCACCGCGUCCGUAAAUAAGUAUUUAUUUCAUAAAAUAACUGAACACAAAGAACGAACAGUAGUGAAUUAAAUGCUCCUUUCAUUUGUGGACGUGUAGAGUUUCAAACCACAACCAGUUUUUACACACAGCAGAUGUUUGAGCGUCAACUCCAACCACUGCACAUCUAUGUAGGUCAGGCAGCACUGGGAUCAGCACUGAGUUCUCGGGGUGGCCCAUCCCGGUGUCUCCUCAAUCAGAUCGGUUGCUUGCCAUGCCUGGUGGAAGGCGGGGUCCGAGCAGGCAGCAGCUGAGCAGGUCAGCAUUGCCUUCUCUUCAGACCCUGGUUGGAGGAAGCUGCAGCAACGGGACAGGCCUCAGGAACAGGAACAGUACUUCUGUCGGUCUGUCGGCCCCACCAAUCACCGCCCUCAUCACCCCUGAGCCUGUCCGCCACCGUCGUGUCCCUGAGCUCCCCCUGGACGGGAGCCUGCUCUUCGAGUUCCUGUUCUUCACUUACCUGUUGAUUGCCCUCUUCGUCCAGUACAUAAACAUCUACAAAACUGUCUGGUGGUACCCUUACAGCCACGCCGCAGCCUCUACCUCACUGAAUUUCCACCUGAUUGAUUACCACCUGGCAACCUUCAUUACAGUCAUGUUAGCCCGAAGAUUAGUAUGGACAAUGAUUUCAGAGGCCACCCAAACAGGACCAACAUCAAUGGUACGCUACACAGUGUUGAUUGCAGCACGGUGCAUUCUUCUCACUGUGUGUGGCUGGGUGCUGUGCUGGACGCUAGUCAACCUCUUCAGAAAUCAUUCAGUGCUCAACCUGCUCUUUCUUGGGUACCCAUUUGGUGUGUACGUGCCGUUGUGCUGCUUCCACCAGGAGAGUCGGUCGCAGCCGCUCCCGACAGACUGCGGUUACCUGGACCAGGAGCAGCUUGAUGGCCCUUUGAUUAAAUCCAAGGACUUCCUGACGCUCCUGAGGGAGAAUUUAAAAGAACAGUUUAAUAACCCCACGUCCAUCCCGGUGCAUUCCUGCGCCCUGUCGCCGGAUCUGAUUCGAAACGAGGUGGAGUGCCUCAAAUCAGACUUCAACAAGAGAAUUAAAGAAGUGCUUUUUAACUCCCUCUUCAGUGCCUAUUAUGUAGCCUUCCUGCCUCUCUGUUUUGUAAAAAGUACACAGUACUAUGAUAUGCGGUGGUCAUGUGAGCACCUCAUCAUGGUCUGGAUAAAUGCCUUUGUCAUGUUAAUGAGUCAGUUGCUGCCUCCAAAAUACUGUAAUUUGUUGCACAGAUCCGCAGCACAUCUUGGCAAAUGGCAGAAACUAGAACAUGGCUCUUACAGCAAUGCUCCACAACACAUCUGGUCAGAAAGUACAAUAUGGCCACAAGGUGUGCUGGUGCGACACAAUCGGUGUUUAUACAAAGCUGUGGGACCUUAUAAUGUUGCAGUGCCUUCAGAUGUAUCCCACGCCAGAUUUUAUUUUUUAUUUCACAAACCCUUAAGGAUCCUGAACCUUCUGAUUCUGAUCGAAGGCAGCGUGGUGCUUUACCAGCUCUACUCUUUGUUGCGGUCCGAAAAAUGGAACCACACUCUUUCUUUGGCUUUAAUUCUUUUUUGUAAUUAUUAUGUUUUAUUUAAACUGCUUAGGGACAGAAUAGUCCUGGGAAAAGCAUACUCUUAUCCUUUGAACAGCUUUGGAAUUAAGUCUCAUUAAACAUACAUGAGUUUGAGUGGGGUGGAGGGGAGAGAGAAAGGGAGUGAGACCAGAAAAAAAAAAAAUUUGAUACGGUUCUAUUUUUCAUGCAGUGUUUAUCUAUUUAAAGAUAUUUUAUAUUUUGUAUACUGUUUCAAGAGUUCCACUUCUUUGCAUUUGCAAGGUGUUAUCAUUAUUUUUGAACACUUGCCAUCACUUUUGCCAUCUCAGAACAUACACUUUGCUCAACCUUUUUAAAUGAUGAAAGUAAUUUAAUGAAGUGCCAAGACUGUCACAGCCGGACGCCAUGCUGUAGCAAUGAUUGGGAGGAAACAAUCAAUAAAUGGAACUGAUUUGCGUGUUGAAUAACAUGAUGUAAUAAUGGAAUGUGUGUGUAUACAUACAUGAUUCAUAUACACCUCCUGGCCUCUCUAUUAGGAUAUGCAUCUAAUAUUGGGCUGGGCCCGUUUGUCCUGAUCACAGCCUUACACAAUGUGGCAUAGGUUCCACAAGGUGCUGGAAGGUAUUUAAUCUAUUCAAACAUUUAUAUUUCACACAAGUGGUGCAUGAGUAGCUGAAUACAUGUUUUAAGUUCAUCCCAACCAUGCUCAACUGAGUUGACAUCCAAGGAUUGUGUACACAAUUCUGGCACAGCGAGUCGUGCGUUAUUUUCUUUGAUCGUUAUUCGUCUUGCCUUGCAGAGUAAUAUAAUGUAGGGGCCUGGGGUGUAACAGGAGAACAUGCACCAAACCAAGGCAACCAAUAUGGGGCACUUAAAUAUGAACUAUUAUGCAUGACUUCAUAAAGGGAAUUAUGAAAGAUCUAAAGGGGAGGGACAGCAGCAUGCAACAGCAAGUACUCAAACAUUGAAAAAUGUGAAUUUCAAGAUUUUUUUAAAUUUUGCUUCAAUUUUCAGUGUCAAAAAAAACCCAUAUCAGAAAUUGUAACUGCAGAUGCAGGCGUAUGUUUUAAGGCUUUACCAUGGAAAUAUUACAUUCACCACAUAAUUGUAUCUUUUUCUAUUCUUAGUGAAUGUCAAAGGUGGGUUUUGUGAUUUGUGCAGUGUUGCUUUUUUAAAACAAGGAAAAAAAACAACAAUCCUUUAUAUCUUGCAUGAGGAGGUUAACUUCUAAAUAAAGCAGUUUCACAAA